AUGACUCACCGGCAUUGUUUUGAAUCCUUAGACCGUACCAUGCAUGACAUCCUUGGCCAGAUAGACUCUUCUAGUUUCCAUAGGGUGUUUGGUGGGAAAACUGUGUUGCUGGGUGGAGAUUUCCGCCAAGUGAUGCCUGUAGUUGAGGGUGGUACUAGAUUAGAUACGGUUGAUGCAUCCAUUACUAACUCCUACCUAUGGAGCCAUGUUAGGAUCCUGAGGCUUACAAUCAAUAUGCGUCUGCUUGGGAUGGCGAGUGCUGGGUUACCAACUGAACAAAUCAAAUCGUUCAAUGAUUGGGUGUUGAGCAUUGGUGAUGGAACUGCAGAAGGUACUGCCCAUAAUGAAGAUGAAGGUUCUGACCUUAUCGAGAUACCACGUGAUAUACUGGUUCCAAGGAUUGGUUCUGCUGUUGAUGACAUUAGUGCUGGCCUCUGCAAUGGUACACGUCUUAUAAUAACACAGCUAGGAGAUCGUGUGUUGGAAGCUCAAAUAAUAACUGGUUCGCAUAUUGGUGAUAAGAUGGAGUACAGCUUGCUAUCCCAUAUUAAUCCAACAAGGCACAAUUGGUGCAUCAAGGUUAGAGUUGCUAGGGUGUGGCACUCAUCUAGGACUUCUAAGGGAAAUGGUGCUACUGCCAUGGAGCUUGCUCUGGUUGACGAACAGGGUGUAGGCAUUACAGCCUGCAUUGCCCAGAAGGACGUUAACAAGUUCGCCGAUGCUCUAGUGGAAGGGCAUUCAUACAUGAUAAAAAAAUUUCAAGUUAGCAAGCAAGGAAGGAAGUACAAUGCCGUGCCCAACACACACACAAUCUUUUUUACGCCAUGGACUAUCAUUGAGGACGUCCCUGUGGAGCUAUCCAACAAUCUUCCACUCUAUGUUUUUAAUUUUGUCGACUUUGAGGACUUAGAUCGCAUGGCAAGAGGUAGGCAUGGUGCCCAUGGUUUAGUAGAUGUUAUCGGACAGCUUACGGUCGUCCAUCCAGUCAUACAGUCCAGUGGUCUAAAUGGGACGUCUGUCAGGCGCUUGGUGGACCUACGUGAUUUAAGUGACCAGCUUUUGCAAGUAACCUUGUGGGCUGAGCAUGCCACAACCUUUGAGGAUGAGUUCCUAGCUGAAACUGCCGGUAAAGAUGAACCAGUCGUAAUCGUUUUUGCUGGAAUGCAUGUGAGGCAAUACUUGGGUAAUCCAACAUGUGGGAGUGGUGAUGCAACAAAAUGGUACAUGAACAUUGACAUACCUGAGGCCAAUGCUUUCCGUGCUAGUCUACAGGGGAGAGGUUCCGAGGUCGUGCUCCUACCAGGAGAUGGUGCAUCUGAAGCCGGUACUAUCGACGACCCAGGUUCAAAUAGGAAGACUGUGUUGGAGCUCCUCUCAUUGGAUCCUCAUGAGAAUAAUGGCGUACGCUUUACUUGUGAUGCAAGGUUACGGGAAAUCGACGUUUCGAAUGGAUGGCGGUACAAGGGAUGCGCUACAUGCAAAAGAGGGCUAAAGCCAACUUUUGAUGGCUUCGAGUGUACUAACUGUGAUGAGUCGCAGCCAACGGUCAUCCCUAGCUACAAGCUAAGUGUGGUGAUCGAGGAUGGUACUGGUCGCGUCAAAAUAUUUCUAUUCGGUGGUGUGGCAGAGAAGGUUGUCCGGCGCACUGCUGCUGACCUUGUGGAAGAAAGCUCAUCUAAUCAGAUUCUGCUUCCUGCUCCCCUCUGUAGUCUUGUUGGCCGGAGCUAUGUGUUCCAGGUGGUUAUCAGUGAGCAGACAUUCAGGACUGGACAGCUGACUUUCUUGGCUAGGAGGGUGUUUGCGUCUCCAAUGGACGCUGAUGGUCAACGUGGUGGUCCUCGUGCUCCUAUUGGUGGCUCUCCGCUGGGUCCAUCGCCGAGUAAAACUUCAACCCUACCAAAGGAUCCUAGUGUUAAGACAACGAUUGAGACAACAGAUACUACCUCUGUUAAAGAAAACGAGGCUGCCGACUCCACCUUGGCUAAGACCCCCACCUAUGUAGAAAGCGUCUCCACUCCACUUCAAGAGGCUGUUCUAGUUGCUGAUGACAAAAACUUAGCAAAGGAAAAGGAGGUGCCCUCUAGGGCUCGUGAGGAUACUGGCCAUCUGGGCAAAAGAUCAAGAUCUGCUCGGAAGGAACUAUCCUUCUCAAAGGAGAAGGCAAGUAACGAGUAG